UCGAACGCCUUCUUCUGAGAAGCUCCGAAUGGGAAUGCUGAUACUGUAGGAAUGGCAGCGAGGGCCAGGUACUGCCAGAGCGCGAGCAUGAUAUUGGCUCGGAUGGUAGUCUUCUGCACAGACUGGGAUGAUAAGGCUGUAUGUAUAUAGAAGGACCAAUAAAGCCCAACUCAACAUCGUCUCUACGGGUUCUUAUACACACUGCGGAUGUGAGGGAACUUGCGCUUGGGGUCAUCACCACCGCACUUGACCCCGCAAAUAGAGCUGGAUUGCGGAGAAAUGGCAGCCAUGCGCCUGCAGCUAGACGGAGAAUAAUUUUCCACUUGUCAAUACUGGUGGCAGCGCAUCCAGCGGGCUCUGGGCUAAGCGGACUUGAAUCUCAUCCGCAAAGCUUAGCUACCUCCAGCUUCGAGAAGGCCGUCCGGCAUCGAGUCGAUGUUCGGGGUCCUGAUCAGGUCAGACGAACUCGCGAGUCUGCUUGCAAAUGCCAACGGAGGCCUUUUCCCCGGGCAAACUGGCCCAACUCCGUGAGCCAGCAGAGAAGACCUCGGAUGCACCAUGAGGUCAGCAGAGAGUUCUUCAGCUUUGGCGAGCUGAUGAUUGCUAACCGACGUCGGCAAAAAAAUGGCGACAUCCAGAUCUCGUCAGUUACCGUGGUUUUUAGAGGAAGCACUUGUCCCCCAGAUGUCCACCGGACCAAGAUUUGCCGAUCCGCGAGCGAGCGAGGCCAAGCCCGUCCGGGGUCGGAGAGAGGCUCAACUGCGGGGGUGUCUGUCUAAUGUCUAUCGGUCAUGAUUUGAGAUUGCGAGGAUUUUAGUUCGGUUUGCGCCCUAGGUCUGCUGUGCUCGUCUUAGAAGGUUUCGGGGAGGAUGUGGAGCAUCAUUUCCGAGACCCAGUGGAGUGCUGGCUCGAGAUUAUGGUCAGUUAUUGAAGCAGCAGGACCGAUGUUUGUUCCUCAAGCAGAGCACGACAACAAUUGUCCCGGCUGGCACAUUUUCAUUAGGAGAAGGAAAACGUGAUCGAAUGGGGAGAGGGUCAUGUCAUCGCGGUGGGCGAGAACAGAGGGAG